AUACCUAUUCUGAAGAAAACAUAUGGUGACAGCAUGAAAAAGGUAUUGCAUGUUGGUCCUGAAACCUGCUCGGUGGUCUCUCAAUUAUUGAAACAAGAGGAUACAGAAGUCUGGGGUAUAGAGCCUUAUGAGUUAGAUGAUGCUGAUGCCAGCUGCAAGAAUCUAGUUCGCAAAGGCAUCGUGCGAGUGGCUGAUAUCAAAUUUCCCCUUCCGUACAGGCCUAAGACAUUUUCCCUCGUCAUAGUUUCAGAUGCAUUGGAUUACUUGUCUCCUAAGUAUCUUAACAAGACUGUUCCACAGCUAGCGAGGGUAGCUUCUGAUGGCUUAGUUAUAUUAUCUGGUUACCCAGGUCAGCAAAGAGCUAAAGUGUCGGAGCUUUCCAAGUGGGGGCGCCCGGGUAAUGAAUCAUUAAACCAAAGCACCAAGAAAAAGUUGUGAUCUGCAACUCAGUUUCAAUUG